GGAUGUACUUUCUUAGUGUUGAUGACGAAAAAAGCAACAAAAGUGCAGAUAAUAUUGGCACAUCUAGCUAUGUAUUAAAGUCAGGAACCAUGGUCAAAGAGAACUUCUGUGCCAUGCUAUUGCGUAGGCUUAUGUGACCGUUUGCUGCUUCACUUUUCUCGUGUUUGUAAUUAUUAGAUAAGAAAUAGCGGAGACGGUGAAUAUACUUUGCAAUGGCCGGUUAGCUAAGUUGGCUGAAAUGUCAUUCUCAGUCUUGUUGUAGCUCCAUUUAUAUGAAAGCGCAUUGCAAUCAUGACGCUUCCAGCUCUGCAGAACACCAGUGUGCUCUACCGAAGAAUACUGUCGCAGUUCCCUCAAGACAUCAGCCUCGCAUUUGCCUAUGGAUCUGGAGUAUUCAAACAAAAUGGAACUAGCCAAGGUCAAAUGGGGAAAAACAUGUUGGAUUUUGUGUUCGCCGUAGACGAUCCAGUCACCUGGCAUACCAUGAACCUGAUGCAGAACAGAAAACACUAUUCUGUAUUAAAGUUCCUGGGUCCUAGGAAGAUCAGCCGGAUACAGGAAGAACACGGGGCUGGGGUGUACUACAACACCUUAAUACCUAUGGAUGGAAGGAUAAUGAAGUAUGGCGUGAUCAGUACUGACUCUCUGAUUGACGACCUGCUCCACUGGAAGACCAUGUAUAUUGCUGGCAGACUGCACAAACCGGUGAAGAUCCUAGUGCAGGGUGAGAACGGGAAGAUGCGUGCUGCGUUGGUGGGGAACCUGAAGAGCGCUGUGACUGCCUCCUUCCUCAUGCUGCCUGAGAGUUUCUCUGAAGAGGACCUACUCCUGCAGAUUGCCGGGCUCUCCUACGCCGGGGAUUUCAGGAUGGUGAUUGGAGAAGACCGGUCCAAGGUGGCUAACAUUGUCAAGGAAAACGUCCAACACUUCCGUAUCCUCUACAACAAUAUUCUGCAAGAGUGUCCACAGGUGGUGUACAAGCCUCAGCAGGGGAAACUGGAGGUGGAUAAGAGUCCAGAGGGUCAGUUUGUCCAGCUGAUGGCCCUCCCCAGGACCCUGCAGCAGAGGAUCACACGACUGGUGGACCCGCCUGGGAAGAACAGGGACGUGGAGGAGAUACUACUACAGGUGGCCCAGGACCCCGACUGUGGUUCUGUGGUGCAGCAAGGGAUAUCGUCAAUAGUGAAGUCGUCAAGCAUAACUCAGACCGCCAAAGGAAUCGCCACGGCUGGGCUGCUGAAGUCUCUGUCCUACAGCACCAAGAAGCUCCAGAAGAUGUGGAAGGGCUGGAGAAUGAAGAAGCCUUGAUCCUCCCAGUUAUAUUUUAGCAAUAAGGCCCGAGGGGGUGUGGUAUAUGGCCAAUAUACCACGGCUAAGGGCUGUUCUUACGUACGUACGAACGAUGAAACGCGGAGUGCCUGGACACAGCCCUUAGCCGUGGUAUAUUGGCCAUAUAUCACAACCUCCCCGAGGUGCCUUAUUGCUUAAAUAUAUAACUGGUUACCAAUGUAAUUAGAGCAGUAAAAAUAAAUGUUUCGUCAUACCCGUGGUAUACGGUCUGAUAUACUACGGCUUUCAGCCAAUCAGCAUUCAGGGCUCGAACCACCCCGUUUUUAUAAAUGGCUAUAUACUGUACAGUUCCUUUCUGCCUGGAUGAACUGAUAUACCAACCUGUUCCCCUUGGGGGCAUUGUUCAAGAGGAUGAACGUUUUAGAUAGAAAUGUGUUGUGCACAACAUGUAUAUGAUACUCUGUCAAUAGGGAAUUGUUAUAAUUUUUUACCUGCAGCGUUGUGAAUGUUUCACCUAACUGAAUAUAACCCAGUCACACAAAGAGGUCCUUUUAAAAAAAAUGAAGCCCCGUUUCCCUGUCUUAAUCUACAUGUCUAUAGGGUCUGUUGACCGUUUUAAAACUUUUUUUAGUUGCAGACGUUUCGUCAAACAACAAAACUGGGAGUGCUGAUCGAUUUUAACUGAAAUUUUGGUUGUAGGCGGCUUAUGGUGAGACAUUCAAUGACAACAGCUCCGGUGAACAUUCUUGCAAUCAGCAUGUUCCCUCAACUUGACAUCUGUGGCAUUGUGUUGUGACUAAACUGCACAUUUUUAAAGUGGCCUUUUUUUUUGUUGUCUCCCAGCAAAAGGUGCACCUGUGUAAUGAUCAUGCUGUUUAAUCAGUUAAUUGAUAUGCCACACCUGUCAGGUGGAUGCAUUAUCUUUCUCACGAACAAAUUUAUGCACGAAACUUGAGAGAAAUAAGCUUUCUGUGCAUUUCAGGGAUAUUUUACUUUCACCUCAAGAAACAUGGGACCAACAUUUUAUAUGUUGCGUUUUAUAUAUUUAAAAAUAUAUAUUUUUCUUCAGUGUACCAGAAUCCAUUGCACGCCUACUUGUCUGGUCUGUGUGGUGCAGACAUGGAGAGACAGAAGAACACGUGAUAGCUGCUUUGCCAGGUAUCUCUACCUGAAAAUACAUGAUCCAAGUGAUUGAUCGUUGGUAUUCAGCAGUCAUAAAAGUAUGAAGAACUACUAAAAGUGAUUUUUUUUUUUUGUCAGACAGCAGCUCUAUAGAGAUGGGAUGACUUGGAAUUCAAAUAUUAAAGUCAUAUCGACCUAAAACAGCAUAAAUACCUUAAAGUAAUGUGAAUAAAUUAUGGCUAAGUGAUGAGCAGUAAUGGACAGUCAAUACCAUCAUGGAACUUAUUGUUUUAUUCUGUGUCAACCCACAAUGCAUUUCAUGUCAGAACAAAAUAAUUGAAACCAAAAUGGAAAAUCCGGCACCAGGAAGCACCUAUCUGAAUUUGACUAAUAGAAACUCUCACCAAACUAAAUUGUUUUGUUUGGCAGACUGAAUACUCCCCUCUGGAUAACAUCUCGGCACAUUGUGUGUCACCCACAAUGAUGUAGGGUGUAAAGUGACUUUUUAGUGCACUUAAAAAGAGAAUGAAAGAAACGGUAUGUCACUCAUAUCUUUGUAAAAUGGCAGAUUUUAUGAGAAUGGAAUAAAGCGUCAUCACCUUGGUUCUCAGUAA